ACAUAUAUAUUCUUAGAUGUGUAACAGUCUGUCUUGUGUCAAUAGCGUGUGAUAUUGCAAGAGGUGUUGUAAGGAGAUCCUAUACCUCAAAAUGAAGAGUCUAGUGCUAAUCCCGCUCAUCAUCACAUCCAUAGCAGCUCGGCAGCCGCGAGUGGAUCCUCUGGUGACCACGCCCAAGGGUCAGAUCAGAGGGCUGCAGGCGGAGGACGGGGACUACGACAUAUUCCUGGGGAUACCAUACGCUGUGGUGGACGAACAGGAUCCGUUUGGGCCCGCCACACUACACCCUGGUUUUGAUACCACAUUCGAGGCGUACGAUGGCGGCGUCUCCUGCCUGCAAGCUAGCUACGGUGGAAACUUAAUCGGCACUAUCCAUUGCCUGCAACUCGACAUUCACGUCCCGCGGUCCGCCGGCUCCUCCCAUACAUUGCCAGUAUUGGUUAACAUCCAUGGCGGAGGCUUCGUCACCGGCGGCAAAGGAGACCAGUCACCUAUAUUCCUGAUCAAACAUGACGUCAUCAUUGUCAAUAUUAACUACAGAUUGGGAGUCUACGGUUUCAUGUGUGCAAGCGGAAAUAAAUUCAAAAACCAAGGACUUAAAGACCAAGUUCUAGCGAUGCAAUGGAUUAAACAAGUUAUAGGAUCAUUUGGUGGUGAUGUUAAUAGAAUCACAGUUAUGGGUCAUUCGGCUGGAGCUAUGAGUAUAGAUCUACAAUUAUUGGUCAACGAAGACUUUGCUAACAAAGCUAUAUUGAUGAGCGGAGUAGCGUUAAGUACGUGGGUGAUAGCACCAGAAACCAAUGACAUACCGAUUGAUAUAGCAACAGAGUUAGGUUACACUGGUUCUGAUGUUAAAGAAGCGAUAGAAUUUCUUAGCGAUCAAAGUCCCGAAGAUGUUGUCCAAGCAGCUGAGAAACUUGGAAUAAUGACAUCUGAAGAUGGGCAUCCAUUGACAACACCGUGUGUUGAAACUGCUGAAGAAGGAGCAUUACUAACAGAUUACCCAGUUAACUUACAACCAAAAGUGAAAGGCAUGGACAUAAUGAUCGGACAUACGAACAAAGAAGUCAUGUUUGUAUACCCUAAACCUGAAAACACAGACUAUUACAGAAAUUACGAUUUCAAAACUGAAUUAGCUUCUGAAUUCAGUGAAGUUUUAGAUGUGGAGACAGUUAGACAGUUUUACAUUGGCGAUGAAGAUGUGAACGAGAAUUUACAAGAUGAAAUUCUAGAUUUCGGUUCCGAUGUAGCUUUUGUCUACCCUGUCCAAAGAUCUAUUGAGAAAUACUUGAAUGCUGGUGCUAGUAGCGUGUAUUCUUAUUCUUUUUCCUACGAAGGUCAGAGGAAUAUUUUGAAGGUUAUAAUGGAUUUGCAGUCACCGGGAGCUUGCCAUGGUGAUGAUUUGGGAUACCUGUUCCAAUUCCAUGAGCUGGAGGGACAGGAGAUUGUUGAGGAGGAUCAGAAUAUGAUUGAUGUUAUGACUAGAAUGUGGACGGAUUUCGUUAAACAUGGGAACCCUACUCCAGGCUCCAACCAGCCCUUCUCUUGGGACCCCAUCACUGACCUGUCAUGGCGCCCGUACCUAAGUAUCGGCCGUCCCGUAGAACCGAAAAGCCGAGUCUUCCACGACAGAAUGGCUUUCUGGGACCUGUAUUACGAACUCCAUGGUGAUAAGAUCCAUGGGGUCAGAGCAUAAAGUUGAUGAACAUGCGAGAUAUAUUGUAAUCUAUACUAAUAUAUAAAGCUAAAGAGUU